CUUUCAUUUCAUUCGCGCUUUCUAUAAAUGUCUGAAUGAUGAAGCUCCUUGCCGCCAAUUCGUCCCUGGAUAUAGUGAUGUAAUCUGACAAAGUACGCCAGGAUCAUAUUUUUGAUUUCUGUUUAAUUCAUUCAACAUUAUACCCUGUUUUUCUAUCAGCUUCACUCAUAACCAUAGUAGCCUUAAAAUCGUCAUCUUUUCAUUUUCUCUUGUGAAAUUGUUACCCAUUUGUUUAGCGCCUUUUCRAUAAUCAGCGAAAAUGUAGUUUUUGUACGCAUAUCAAUGAUUGAUCUGGCCAAUAGACUCAUUUACAUACUGAACCUUGACGUCACUCGACAACUAAAAGGAUCUUUACUUAUGCGGCGAAAACUCGACAUUGAUAAAAUUUGAUUACCGCACAUUGGGCCUUCRAAACUAGUUUAGAAAGAAUCGAAAUACUUUUUGCCCACUUUAAGGAGAUYGUUYGRCAGUAUUACKASAUUUUCGCUGGCAAGGAACAAUUGAUGUCAGAGCGGGCUUGGGAGUUUUUACUGUUAGUACAAGGUCGCGAGGAAGUGCCCGUAGUACAGAGGUGUCCGUGAUAAAGAGGAGAAUUGUGAAAAAGUAGAGAAAAAGACUUCAUUGUUCGUUUCAUACAGUAAUGGAUAGCCUUAAAGGAUCACUGAGAAAAGACACUCCUGCUCAUGUACAAAUGCCAAACAAAUUGCAGCAUCAAAUGGAAAAAGUAUCGUUAAACCCAACCAAUGAAGACGUUGAUGAUAUCAACCAGUUACAGGAAAAUAAGGAAAUUAAAAGUACUGUUACUACAAAACGAUCGCGAAAACCCACRCCAGCCCACGUUCAGAACCAACCCUCCAAGAAUAAAAAAGCAACUUCAUUUGACGAGGAUAUCAUAGAGCAGGAGGAGGAAGAUAUUGAAGAAACAGAAACGUUUACAGAGACAUCAAAGACAGAAAACAAGAGAGUUGAGAAUACUACAAGAAUCUAUCGCAAAGACACUCCAGCGGUCGUCAAAACAGAGCAUUUCAAAGAUUGCACGUGGAGUAGUGACAGCAUCAAAGAAGAAGACGACGAAAAUGCCGAGACAGAAGAGGACGCUGAAAAUACACUAACGUGUUACCGACUUCGCAAGCCAUCGAUUCUUCUAUGCAGUCAUCCAUCAUUAGAAAAAUAGAGAAAAGUAAAAUCAUAACCCGGCCUGCCAAACGUGGUUAAAAGAUGAGUACACAUCAUGUCUGCGGAUCUAUGGAAAGUUAGGUUUCGUACAUUGUUUUAGUGCGUUUUCCGCUUUGCGAAGUCCUUUAUKAGUAUAUUYUAYUUUGCAAAGACCUUGAAAAGGGCUGCUUCUGGUAUAGGAACUUAGUAAGAAACGUGAAMAAGGGCGUUUUCUAUUUGUUUAAAACUUUCAGAGAAAUUCCAGAUGAAACGUKAAAUGGUUCGCGUUGAGACGAUCGACUUUCCCGCCUUUUUUUUGUUCUAGCUUCCGGUUGACGCGACGCGGCGUGUACCAUUUGCACUUCCC